AUGGUGGAUUACACGGCCUUUCCGGUCGAGCUUUGGGAGAAAAAUCUCGAAAACGUACCAGCUCAGAACAUGGUUCGCUUUCAGAGUGUCUCCCGAUUCGCUCGCAACCUCGUACAGAACUCGGCCGCCUUGCAAUACAGAAUAGAACAGUACUGCAUGUCCACGGUCGAUGGGCCUGCUUUUCGGAAUAUCGCACUGAACGAAAAGGUUGAAAUUCAGAAAGAGUGGCACAGGGCCUGGAGGGUCUUUGGACACGCCAGCACCGUUCAAACAAUCGAAUGUAGCGGAUCUCCGACAACGUGCCUCUCUGUUUCUCUGCGCCCAGCAUACAUCAAACCCUCACGUCGGAGCUACGACAACUCUUUGCGCUUUGUUCGCCCACCAUCAAAGCUUCGCGGAGUCGGUCUCAAAGUCUGGACACUUGAGAACUUGCCCGAAUUCUCGAGCCGUCGGUUCGCGUAUGACUACGACCAGGACCUGCUCGUGAUCGUUCCAAAAUCGGUCGACGACCGUAAAGUUGAAUUGCUCAUUUUAUCGUGCACGACAGGCGAAACACACCCACUCGCAAAGUCCCGGGCAUUGCUCAACACAUACACUGAUGCGUUCCAGCGCGGGUCUGAACGGCUUCUGGUGCAUGCCGACAUGAUUGCGAUGUUAUCAUACAGUCACGAGGGAUACAAUCUGUGGGUCUGGGACUGGAAGCGUGCCGAGCUUCUGAUGUCUAUGACAGUAACCACAAGCAAUCUACGCGUAAAGGAUUUCGCAUUCAUGGACGCACGGCACGUCUUAGUCCUUGUGCAGGUCGCAUCUGGCGACUCCAGAAUCAUGGUCUUCGACUGUUAUGCCCCGCAGGUCAGUGCAUGCUCCACUGACAAAUCCGUACUAGCGGUGGCGGCUUUCGACCUUCCGAAACAGCAUGUACACCGCACAGCGUUCCAUACAGCCAGGAUGCGGACUCGUCUAUGCAGCAAGCAAACCCCGUUUACUUCGGAUACUCGGUUCCGUUGGACGCCCCAUUCAAAUAUCGCCCUCAUCUCCCUUGAUCCAUACUUUAAGCUCUGCAUUUAUCUCAUCAUCCCACUGCAUCUCCUCACCACACGCUUUCACGACCCGUCGAUCGAGAGUAAUACGAUGCGUCCCGUUCCCUGGGAAGAGUGGGGCAUGCACACCUUGACGCUGCAGACCGGCUGCGAGCCCAGCUCUUGGAGCAUUGUCGGCGGCUCUCGGCUGUGCGCGCAUGUUCCCUUCCUUGGGCACAUCUACUUGCGCGAGGUGCGGGAAAAGGCUGGUUUGUUUGACCUGACUGGCGCGGACUGGGCGGCGAUGCGGGCGCCCUUUCGUGCGACUCUGGUUAACUACAGGUGUUGCUUGGCUUGA